CCGACGUGGCCGCUACUAAAUCUGGCAUGACCUCCUUCCUCCUCCUCGGACAAGUCGUCCCCCCGCAUCCUCUUCCUCCUCCCAUCCCGUCUCCACGACGCGAGCUCGGCGCACGGGGAGGUCAACGCCGCCGCCGCCGCCACGUAGCGGGCGCCGACUCGUCCCCUCUCAAACUCCCAGAUCCACCUGCUACUUUUGCAAGGUGAACAAAUCCGCAAGGAUUUCAACAUGAUUGAUUUUGUCCAUGACUAUGUUGUGCUGGAGAAGUGUGUUAAAGACAUUCUUACACUAAUCAAACCGGCAGAGGAUGAUCGAAAAAAACGACUGUCUGCAAUUCUGGAGCUGGAAAAUUGCAUGAAUUUUGUUCAGUCACUGAGAGGUGUUGCUGUCAAACCUUUUGGAUCCUUUGUAUCAGAUCUUUACUCAAAAUCAGGUGAUUUAGAUCUGUCAGUUCAGCUCUGGAAUGACUCAAACGUACCUACAAACAAGAAAAAGAAGCAGAAUGUCUUGAAGGAAGUGAGGAGAGCUUUGCUAACUAGAGGUGUUGCUGGAUAUAUGCAGUUCAUUCCUCAUGCAAGAGUUCCAGUUCUUCAGUAUGUGAGCAACCGCUUUGGCAUUUCAUGUGAUAUAUCAGUUGACAACUAUGCUGGUCGAAUUAAAUCCAAAAUCUUCUAUUGGGUGAAUACUUUAGAUGAGCGCUUUGGUGAUAUGGUCUUACUGAUCAAGGAAUGGGCAAAAGCUCAAAAUAUUAAUGAUCCAAAAUCUGGGUCCCUCAACUCCUAUUCACUUUGCCUACUUGUCCUCUUUCACUUCCAGACUUCCGUGCCACCAAUUGUACCACCUCUGAAGGAGAUUUAUGAAGGGAACAUUGCAGAAGAUAUUACAGAAGUGGCACUUUAUAAUGAGGAACAGCUUGAUGAGGUUUGUGCUGCAAAUAUAGCAAGAUUUCGACUCCAGAACAAGGGACAAAGAAAUGAAAGUUCUCUUUGUCAUCUCCUUGCAACCUUUUUUCACAAGUUUAUUCAUAUCAGUGCCUUUCCGGAUGAUGUCAUAUCUACUUACACGGGCCAGUUUGAGCGAACCCAGGACAACCCAAGUCGGAUGACCAAAUCUUACAAUCUGUUUGUUGAAGAUCCAAUUGAGAGACCUGAUAAUGCUGCUAGAGCUGUUAGUAUGAAAGGUCUUAACCAAAUUGCUUGUGCAUUCAAUGAUGCUUAUCGCAAGUUUGACUCUCUUGAGCAUAUCGACCGGAAUGAAUUACUGGCGCUGUUGUGUACUCCUGGUGUUGGCUCAAAACUUGGUGGGAGAGUCAUAGCUAACUCUUACACAACUACUCCACAAAAGAGUCAUCAGCUAACUAGGUCUAUCGGACGUGGGGAACGUGAUCAACGUCUCCAGGAAGCCAGAGGGUCUACUGGAAGCAGACAAGUUAAUAAAAAUCCUCAGGCGAAUACUACAGUGCACCAAACAGCGGUGCAACACCAGAAUCGUAACUGUCCACAGGGUUAUACUACAGUACGACAAACAGCAGGAUCAUCCCAGAAUACUACAGUGCACCAUAAAAAACCUCAGCCGAAUACUACAGUACACCAAACAGCAGUGCAAAGCCAGAAUCGUAACUGUCCACAGGGUUAUACUACAGUACGACAAACAGCAGGAUCAUCCCAGAAUACUACAGUGCACCAUAAAAAACCUCAGCCGAAUACUACAGUACACCAAACAGCAGUGCAAAGCCAGAAUCGUAACUGUCCACAGGUUUAUACUACAGUACGACAAACAGCAGGAUCAUCCCAGAAUCGCCAUCAUCCACAGGCAUAUAUUGCAGGGAAUCAAACAGCACCAUACCUAAAUUAUUAUCAUCCACAGGUGUAUCCUGCUUUGCUUCAAACAGCAGGACCAUACCAGAAUCAUGAUCAACAGGUUUAUACUACAGAGUUCCAAACAGCAGGGCCAUACCAGAACCAUAACCAACAGGUUUAUACUUCAGGGUUCCAAGCAGCAGGACCGUUUCAGAAUCAGCAGCGGAGAAAGGAGUACAUGUCGAAUCGUCGGACUAAUAGGCGUGCUGCUACAGCAAGCUACGAGCCUGUUCGUGGACAGUUCUACAACGGAUCGACAUGGGACUCACGAUCUCAAGCCUCAAACAGUGCAGCUUCGCAAAGAUAGCCGCCAACACCGACAGCUGACCAGUACAGAGACGCAAGAGGAUAGUAACAAAUAAUCUUCUGAUUUUGCAUGACAAUGUCCAUCGAUUUAUGUUAUCUUCAGCUUUUGCGUGACAACGGGCAUCAAUUUAAGAUAUCAAACAUAGUUUUUUUCAGCCAACUCUUGUAUAAGCCUUAUGUUUUGUAGAUCGGGGAUUCGAGGUAUCUAAAACUUGUAUUGCCGGACAGCUCUCUGUCUCUGCUAUCUUACUGUAAAUUGCUGUUACCAGCAGUCAGUUUACAAUUGCUAGUAGAUGCAAGUUAUUUUAUUGUUGUAAGGUGCAA